UAGCAGAAAUCAACCCGCAAAAUGUACGGAUUGGUCAUUGAAGGUGUUCGGUUUAUGAUACAGGAAAACUGGGGACCCCAAGUUCUUCUGCAGGUUCAAAAGCUGACAUCACUGUCAGAAAAGUCAGUAUCAACUCAUGAUCAAUAUUCGGAACACGUUGUUCCUCAAAUGUUCAAAGCAAUUCAUGAAAUCACUGGAACACCAUAUGAACAAAUUGGAGUUCUCGCUGGAAGAUUUUUCGUUCAAUUUUUGAUUCGAAAUGGUUAUGGAGAUUUGAUGAAUGUUAUGGGAAGGAGAUUUUCGGAUUUUAUCAAAGGACUUGAUAAUAUUCAUGAAUAUUUUCGAUUCAGUUAUCCAAAACUCAGAGCUCCGUCAUUUUACUGUAAAUCUGAAAGUGAAGAUGGUUUAAUUCUACAUUAUCGGAGUAGAAGAACUGGAUAUCUUUCUUAUGUAAUUGGACAACUUGUUGAAUUGGCAAGAGUAUUUUAUCAAUUGGAUAUUGGAAUUCAAGUAUUGAAAAAGAAAGAAAAAGGAAGAUUUACUUUUGUUGUUCUUAAGAUUUCAUUUGAUAAUGUUGGCCUUGGACAAGACUUGAAAUUGAAAGAACGCGUAAAGAAUCUGAAUGAAUAUCUGCCAGUAGACACCAAAUCAUUCCUUCAAAUGUUCCCUUUUCAUAUUGCCUUCAACAAAAAGCUCGAGAUCUUAAUGGCCGGACAAGGUCUUCUCAAUUUAAUGCCAAAUAUUCAAGGGCUACUAAUGACUGAUGUAUUUGAUCUGCAACGUCCAUGUAUUAAGUUUACUGCAGAAGGAAUUAUGGUUCAUCAGAAUUGUGUAUUUCAAAUUGAGUCUCUACAUCCGGUUGUUAAACAAACAGAGGAAAAUAUAACAGUUCAAAUUAAUGAUAUUACGGAGGAUAAAGUUUCAUUGGAAAAGAAAACAGUUAUGGAUAAUGAAUAUGAAAGUUUGCCGUAUGUAACUCUCCGUGGUCCAAUCACAGUUCUCAAGUCAUCUGAAACAUUUCUUCUACUUGCCACGUGUGUUGUUGACACUUUGGAUACAAUGUUCAAAAUGGGACUAUAUUUAAACGAUUUUGGAGAAUCUGAUUGUAAUCGAGAAAUUAUUAUGGCAACAAUACAGAAAAGUGACACUUUGAAAACAAUGUUGGAAAAUGAAAAACGAAGAAGUGAAGUUCUAACAGAAAUGACAAGAGAGAUAUCAGAAGCAAAGAAAACUGCAAGAACUCUUCUCACUCAAAUGAUGCCAUAUGAAGUUGCACAGACAAUGAUGAGAAGUGGAAGUGUUGAUCAUUGUGAAGCAUUUGAAUGUGUUUCAAUUGGUUUUAUUAGAGUCUGCGAUUUUUCGAAAAUUAGUUUAUUUAUUGAAGCGUUUGAAGUGGUUAAUCUCUUAAAUACAAUCUAUUCCCAUCUAGAUUCAAUUGUAGAUACUCAUGGUGUUUAUAAAGUUGAAACAAUUGGAGAAAGUUAUAUGAUAUCAGCAGGAUGUCCUUAUCGAGAUGAUUAUGAUGCUGAAAUGGUUUCUGAUUGUUGCCUUGAAAUGGUUUCUCAUAUUAAAUCAUUUGAAUAUCAAUCACAUGAUGCCGUGAAAAAGGUUUUAAUUAAAUGUGGAAUAUUCACUGGACCAGUUGUUGGAGGGGUUGUUGGAGUGAGAACUCCACGAUAUUGUUUAUUUGGAGAUACUGUAAAUACUGCAAGUCGAAUGGAAUCUUCGAAUCAAACUCCAAUGACUAUUCAAAUAGGUCAGCGAACCAAAGACAGAGUGGAAAAACAAGCCAGUGGAGCAUUUCGCAUAAAACCAAAAGGAAACGUUUUUGUGAAAGGAAAAGGAGAUAUGAGAGUUUAUGAAAUUGAAAAGAAAAAGGGAAGAGCCAGAUACAAGAAAAGUGAUCCAUUAAGAAAGAAAAUGGUCGCUGAGAAAAAAGAAGCUGAAGAAUUGUUGGAUGAAGAUAAUGAAGGGCAUAGAUCAAGUGCUCUUAGUCGAAUGAGUUUGGGAGAAUCAAUCGACAGUUCCAGUUCACGACGUGGUAGUUUAUCUGGAUCCCAGUUGGAGCUUAAUAAAACAAUUGCACAAACGAUUGAGCUCACUUCAAAAGCGUCUGCAGCUCUUGACUUAAACAUGCAAGAUGAGAACAAUCGGCCACCAACAUGGUCAGCUUCUCAUUCGCAAGAUAUUCGGAAACCUAGAAAAACUGAAAGUAAAAUAACCCUGAACAGUCGUUUGAGUUCCUCUGAUUUGGCAGUUAGUCGUGUAGAAACAUCUAAAGAUUCUGAUGGUGAAACUCCCCGGCCAACGUCUAGCGAACUAAAAGAAGUCAAUCGGAUCCGUGAAGAAGCACUUGCUCAAGAAAAGGAAGAAGAGAGAACAACGAAAGAAGAGAAUCAGAAAAUAGAAGAAGUGGGGGAGGAUCAUGUCAGUGAAGCAACCUCACUUCUUGACUCUGAGGUCAGUCACGGCGAUAACAACAUCAGUUUCUCUCAAAUGCCGUCUGAUAGCAUUCCUCACGAAGAUCGGACUUCUCUUCCUUCAGCGACACCUUCAGAAAUAGGAGAUGCAAUUUCCAAAAAAAAAUUGGAAAAGGAAGAUUCAAACUCAUCGAUGAGCAGUUUGGACGAAAGAACAACUGUGUCUGCAAAACCUACAACGACACGUCGACUUCUCAAUCAAAAAGAUUUGGAAAAAGAGAAAAAGCGAUCCAGUAUGGCAGGAUCUUCUGUGACAUCUUCUUCUGCACAUUCUCAUUCAAUCAGGAGCAAGAAAGAUACUCGUGAUAAAUCAAGAUGCAAAUGUGAAGAUAUUCGAGCUGAUAAUAAGUUGAAAACUAAAGUUUGCAGUAUUAUGUAGACUCGCUUAUAAUUUGUUUUUAUACUGACAUAAUAAUAAUAAAAUAAAUAAUUCAUCAGGAUA